GUAGUUUUAGAAGCAAGAUGGCGACCUCUGGUAAACAAUAUGGACUCAUUUUGCCUCAGAAGAGUGCAUCAAAAUCUGCCCUUCUCUCCCGGCCCUCUGUGUUUGGAGAUGAUUCUGAUGAUGAGACCUCUGUGGGGGAGAGCUUGAAGAAGGAGGCAGCCAAAAAGAAGAUGAUGAAGCAGACCCGUCUUGAGAUGCAAAAGGCACUUCAAGAGGACAGCACUGUCUAUGAAUAUGACAACGUGUAUGAUGAUAUUCAGAAAGAGAGACUGGAAAGCAAUAAAAAAUUGCUAGGUGGCACAGAUAAAAAGCCCAAGUAUAUUAACCAGCUGCUCCGUGCAGUGGAGGAGAGAAAGAAGGAACAAGAACGUCGUGAUGAGAGGAAAAUUCAGAAGGAAAGAGAAGCAGAGGGCGAGCUGUUUGCUGAUAAAGAGGCCUUUGUCACUUCAGCUUAUCGCCAGAAGCUUAAAGAAAGACAGGAAGAGUUGGAGAGAGAGAAAAGGGAAACAGCGUUAGAAGCUGCACUGGAUGUCAAGAAGCAGAAAGAUCUCAGUGGAUUUUAUAGACAUCUUCUCAAUCAGACAGUCGGAGAAGAGGCGGUUCCUGAUCGUAGUGCUCAAAGAGAGGACAAAGCCACAUGCUCUGCACCAGCAGAAAGGUCACCGACCCCGGAGCCCACACUGAAACAGAGAGAGAGCGAGGCUGAAUCCCACAGUGAUGAUGAGGACCAGAGCGAUAACAGAGCAGUGUUCAAUAAAACAACCACAAGCGGCAACCACUCAAAACGCCAAUACAGGCAAAAAUCCCCUCGUUCAGACAGUGGUGACGAGCAAGACCGGGAGAGGAAAGAGGUUAGAGAAAGAAGUCUCAAAGGUAGAGACAGGGAUAGGACAAAGGAGAAAGAGAGGACGAGGGACAGAGAGAGAGAGGACAAGUACAGUCAUAGAAAGGAGGACAGGGACCGCAGAAGAGACAGGGACAGAGAAGAGGAUAGAGGCCGAGACAGGAGGGAAAGGGACCGAGACGACAGACAUGGUAAGAGGGACAGACGAAACAGCAGUCCAAAAGACAGAGAACGAGAGCGGAAAGGAGAACAAGAUCGAGACAGAAGAGACAACAGCUCAAAGGACGGAGAACGCGACCGCAAAGGAGAGCCAGAUCUGAGGGACAGAGAAACCCGGAAAAUGGAGGAAGAAAGCCAGAAAAUGGGCAACAAAGGGAAAAUCGGGGAUGAAGAAAAGAUAAGCGAGGGGAAAACUGACAAUGCUAAAGAAGAAAAGGUCAUGGAAACCGAGGAUAAAGGUGAAGCGAAACAGGAACCCAGUAAAUUUGCUAAACGCAGCUGUGACCAGACUGUAAAUUCAGCCAGGGAGAGAUACUUGGCCCGGCAAAUUUCUCGUUUUUCUGCGAAACCCUACAUUGAAAAAGAUGACGACUAGCCAUUAUAUCUCACCUUUGAAGACGUUGUAUAUUUCCCUCUUUGAAACUGGAAAUAUUGGUUUGGUUAAAGGCAAAUAAUUGAAAUACUUUAUGGUUUAUGAACGUGGGGAGAAUUGAGCUUAUUGCGUGCUUGUGGAUUUCACUUUAAAUGUAUAAUUGUCCAUGAGUGUUAAUAAAAUAAACUUAAAUGGAACUAAUUGUAGCAAAGCUUUUUAGGGGCCGUUUACAUGACAAUUUUUUAAUUAAAAACGGAAAACUUGUGCGUUCUGGCCAAGCGGCGACCUUCUGUCUGUCUCUUGAAUCCAGUACAGAAGCGACUUUACCCUACUUUACAGCAGAAAAAAAAUGUUUACAGUCAGGUACAAAAAGUGGUUUAGGUCAAUUGGGAAUUUUCCCCCUUAUGACAACUGUGAUGAUGUGGCUUCUUUCGUAGUGUGUGUUUAUUAGUCAUGUUUAAUCAAUCAAAGCAUGUCAAUCUUUUUAUUCAGCUACAGUGUUGAUGCUAGAUAGGGAUUUCCUGAAAUGAUGUGCGUGAUCUUACAUCUCUGCGGCAGGGCAUAUUUGGAGCGCCCUCUGGUGUUCAGAACUUCAGAUCGGCCACACUGCGCAUAAAAUAAUCGCAGCCUCUGCCAAAUCACGUGCGGUUUCAUUGUGAUUAAUCGUGCAGCCCUACGUCACGGACAAUGUCCAUAAUUUUUUUUUCUCCAGUCUAUGGUUCUGCUCCUUCAUUUAUACGACAAUGGUGUUUGGGGGGCCUAAAGAGGCACGUUUUUAAAAUCUAUAUCAUUGUCAAAUUCACAACGCCAAUUUGGAGAUGUUACACGCAUGCGUAUUGUAACGUUCGUAGUUUCUUUUUACAAAGUGACCACCAAUUACAGGCCAGGGGGUUGUGCUCUUCUAGGUAUUGGACGUGUUUGAGGCUUUUAAUCAACAGAAAUGGGGAAGGGCAAUUAAUAAACCAUUUUACACUUAUUUAAAGGUGAUAUUUUCCCAUUGCAUGAAACAUAAUGCAGAUCACGAGCCCCUACCCUUCCAUUGACGGAAUUUUCCGGCUAUUUUCACUGAUAUAUGCUAGGGGGCGCUGUAACGCAUCUUCUUAAAGUAUUGCAAAUGUGAAGUGGAAGAGCAAGUAAUCACAGAAAUAAUAAUUUACAUAUGUAAAAUAACGAGAUAAUCAACAGCAUAUAAAUCAAAACUGCCUAAUGUUCCGGAAUUAAAUUUCAACUCAGGACAAACUACGAUCUACUAGUCUAUAUUUUGAUCAUGGUUCUGAAUUCUCAGCUUUUUGCUCAAUGUCGCUUUUAUUUAUGAAACCUUCCCACAGUUCAAGUGUUGAAAAAUAAAGCUAGAAUAAAACUGAUUGUUGAAAAGCA